CGUCGAGCAACGCAAGCCUCGUCAACCUUUCAACCUUGCUCUCUCAUACGUGGCGUUAAGCUCAAGACAACUUUUAUCCUCGCGUCUCGUCCAGAUUGCCGAAAUCUUCUGGCCAUUCCCGGAGCCCUACGUACAUGACUCCAAAUGCAACUUGGAUUGCACACACAUACAUACAUAGAUACAUAUACGCACACCGGUUGCGUUGUUUCCAGCACCAAAUCGGCAAAUCGACACUUGCAAUAAUCCAGAGCAGUCAAGGACACUUUGUACGUUCCGGUAGUGCUACAGCUGCAAGGGACUUGGAAUCGUCGAGCGAUGAAGAAGACCGUGGUUCUGUACCCGGGCUUCGGUGUAGGCCACCUCACGCCGAUGGUAGCCCUGGCCAAGGUGUUCCUCCAGCACGGCGUCGACGUCACCUUCGCGCUCGUCGAGCCGCCCGUCAAGUCCCCCGACUUCUCUGCUGCGGUCAAGCGCGCCGCGGAGUCAAUCACUUUCCACGUCCUGCCGCCGCCGCCACCGCCAUCCGCGUCCGCCGGGUCCAGCUCCGACGACGCUCCCAAGCACCACAUGAUCCAGUUGUUCGACUUCCUCGGCGCCAUGAACGCGCCACUCCGCGACUUCCUCCGCUCGCUGCCCUCCGUCCACGCGCUCGUCAUCGACAUGUUCUGCACCGAUGCUCUCGACGUGGCGGCCGAGCUCGAGUUGCCCGUCUACUUCUUCUACGCCUCAGGCGCCGGCGACCUCGCCGUCUUCCUCAACAUACCUAGCGUGCGGGCCAGCAUGAACACGAGUUUCGCGGAGCUGGGCGACUCUCUCCUCUCGUUGCCGGGCGCUCCUCCUUUCAAAGCUUCGGAUUUGCCCGAAGAAGUUGUCAAAGAUAGCGAGGCAGCCAAGGCCGUCUUCCGCAUGUUCGAGCGGAUGCCAGAGUCUAACGGCAUACUCAUCAACACCUUCGACUCGCUGGAGACGCGCGCGGUGUGCGCUCUGAGGGACGGUCUGUGCGUCCCCAACCGUGCCACGCCGCCGGUCUACUGCAUCGGGCCGUUGGUCUCGGGAGGCGGAGAAAACGAGCACGAGUGCCUGCGGUGGCUGGACAUGCAGCCAGACAACAGCGUUGUGUUCCUCUCCUUCGGGAGCAUGGGCACAUUCCCCAAGAAGCAGCUGGAGGAGAUCGCCAUUGGCUUGGAGAAGUCAGGGCAAAGGUUUCUGUGGGUCGUGCGGACCCCACGCAGCGCGGACCACAAGUUCGGCCAGCCACUUCCGGAGCCAGACCUCGACGAGCUCCUUCCGGACGGGUUCUUGGAGAGAACCAAUGACAGAGGGCUCGUGGUCAAGUCUUGGGCGCCGCAGGUAGAUGUGUUGCGCCACAGGGCGACCGGUGCGUUCGUCACGCACUGCGGGUGGAACUCAACACUGGAAGGUAUCACGGCGGGGCUGCCGUUGCUGUGCUGGCCGCUGUACGCGGAGCAGAGGAUGAACAAGGUGUUCAUCGUGGAGGAGAUGAGGCUGGGGGUGGAGAUGAGGGGCUACAGCGAGGAGGUGGUGAAGGCGGACGAGGUGGAGGCAAAGGUUAGAUUGGUGAUGGAGUCCGAGGGCGGGCAAGCGCUCAGAGAACGGGUAGUUGCGACGAAAGUCAGAGCUGCCGAGGUGCUCAAGGAAGGGGGCUCAUCCCAUGCUGCUUUUGUCAAAUUUCUGGAAGAUAUGGAGACCGUCACUCGUUCAUGAAGGGGGCUCGUCGCACACGGCACAUGGCAUAUGUCGAAUUCCUCAAGACUUAAAAGACUUCCAAAGCCAUGGUUCAUGCUUGAUUUGUAGUACUGAAGUGAUCCUCAUGGGAUGCGGAUAGUAUGAUCCUGUUUUACAGAGUUUUAGCUCUAACAUUAAUACAUGAUUUAAAAUUUAUAAGAUAAAAUAAAAUAAUAUA